GGGUCGCAGAAAAUGGAGGUGGAGGGCUGGGACUCGAGUCUAGAAGAAGAGCUGGGCGUCUCUCUAGACGAUCUGAAGAAAUGGAUCAACGAGAUGGUGGAAAAAAGCGAGAUGGUACAGAAGAAACGGGCUGAGCUCAACGAGCUAACACAGUUAGUGGAGCAGAAGGAGCGAGAGGAGGCCGCCACGGAGAAGCUCUUCAACGAAGCCAACAAAUCGCUGGUGGAGUGUGAGAAGCUAGUGAGGGAGACCUACAAGAAGAAUGGCCUGGUCUACAAAAGCAGCUCAGAGGAAGAAGAUGGCGGCGGCGAAGGAUUGCCAUCCUCCGAGGUCAUUGAGAUAGAUGAUGACGAUGACGACGAUGAUGUCAUUGCUGUCGGUUGUUUGGUCCCGCCAAAGACUCCUGUCAUUACUAUCCCAGAUUCAAUGGAUACCUCCAGUGCAUUGAAGAAAACCAGUGAACAGGUCAACAAAUUAGUUCAAAUUGUCACCAGGCCUUCAACAGGGGCCUUGCCCAGAUCGCCAACCCAGUCAGGUACUGCUGCACCACCAGCUGUUAUCGUAUCUCAGAUUCUGACUCAACCUGCGGGCCAACCCAGUCCCAAGAAAAGGGAAGAUGAGCUCCGAGUGGGCAUGAGCAUCUUGGGGAAGAAACGCAUGAAGACCUGGCACAAGGGCACGCUCGUUGCCAUUAACGCCAUCGGUUCAAAUAUGUUUAAAUACAAAGUGAAGUUCGAUAAAGGCAAGAGUCUGCUCUCUGGCAACCAUGUGGCCUUCGACUACAACCCCACACUAGAAAGUCUGUUUGUUGGGGCCCGUGUGGUGGCCAAGUACAAGGACAGCCACCAAAUGUGGCUCUAUGCAGGGAUUGUAGCUGAGAUGCCCAGCACCAAGAAUCAAAUGAGGUUCUUGAUCUUCUUUGAUGACGGCUACGCUUCCUACGUCAACCUACCAGAUCUCUUCCCUGUAUGCAGACCAUUGAAGCGUACCUGGGAGGACAUUGAGGACGCGUCAUGCCGAGACUUUAUUGAGGAGUACAUCACAGCGUAUCCCAGUCGGCCCAUGGUGCUCCUCAAAGUGGGGCAGUUCACCAAAACGGAGUGGGAGGGAACUUGGUGGAAAAGUAAAGUCGAGGAAGUGGAUGGCAGCUUGGUCAAGAUCCUCUUUCUGGACGAUAAGAGGAGUGAGUGGAUCUAUAGAGGCUCUACCAGGUUGGAGCCAAUGUUCAACUUGAAGAUGACCACCGCCAACACUCAGGAGAAGAAGCUAGCUGGCCAGCAGAGAACACGACCCAAUAUGGGUGCAUUGAGAAGUAAAGGCCCUGUAGUCCAGUACACCAGCGAUGGCCAUGUUGGGGCCACUUCUGUUGCAGCCUCUCCCAUAAAGAUUGUUACUUCCCAGAGUGUGGUGUCACCUCAAAUCCAACAACCAGCAACAACCACAACAACCAGUCUUCUCACUCAAUCACCACGUACUGAUAACAAACAUCAGAUGGCCAAGAAGAGCACUUCACCGUUCAUUCCAGGUGUAGGCGGCACUCAUGCCUCAAAAGUCAUGCAGUCUCUCACAUCCACCCCUAGUACAAUGCCAAGAACGAUCACUCCCGCAAUCACCGCCGUUCCAGUUACGUUGUAUCCACGACCGGUGACCACUCUUGCCACUACGCCUGUAGCGGCCCACCCAGUGGCCACCAUCCCACACCAGCCGUCAUACCGCGCCCCCACAGACCGCAUCUUCUACAUGGAGCACGUCUGCCAGCCUGCCUGUUUGAACCGGGUGCGUCCGGCCAAUCGUGACAUGCACCGGGGCAAGAACCCGCUCCUCAUACCAUUGCUGUAUGACUUCAGACGCAUGACUGGGCAACGCAAAGUGAACCGCAAGAUGACCUUCCAUGUGAUUUACAAGGCCCCUUGCGGCCUCUGUCUACGUAACAUGGCCGAAAUCCAGCGCUACCUCUUCCAGACUACCUGUGACUUCAUCUUCUUGGAGAUGUUCUGCUUGGACCCCUACGUGCUGGUGGACCGUAACUUCCAGCCGCUUAGGCCCUUUUAUUACAUAGCAGACAUCACUGGAGGAAACGAAGACAUCCCGCUCUCCUGCGUCAAUGAGAUUGAUUCCAAGCCGCCCCCUGAAGUUGCCUACAGCAAAGAGCGUAUUCCUGAAGAUGGAGUGUUCAUCAACACAAGUACAGACUUCCUGGUUGGGUGUGAUUGUACCGAUGGUUGCCAGGACAAGUCCAAAUGUUCUUGCCACCAGUUAACACUGCAAGCUACUGCUUGCACUCCGGGUGCACAGAUCAACCCAAACGCUGGAUUUUUAAACAAGCGCUUGGAGGAGUGCCUCCCCACAGGUAUCUACGAAUGCAAUAAACGGUGCAAGUGCUGCACUCAAAUGUGCACCAACCGGUUGGUGCAGCACGGCCUGCAAGUGCGUCUUCAGCUCUUCAAGACUCAGAACAAAGGCUGGGGUAUCCGCUGCUUGGAUGACGUGGCCAAGGGCUCAUUUGUCUGCAUCUACGCUGGUAAAAUCUUGACGGACGAUUUUGCCGACAAAGAAGGCUUGGAGAUGGGUGACGAGUACUUUGCUAACCUUGACCACAUUGAGAGCGUGGAGAACUUCAAGGAAGGCUACGAGAGUGAGGCUCACUGCUCCGACAGCGAGGGCAGUGGCGUUGACAUGACCAGGUUAAAAAUCCAACCUUCAGCUUUAGUGUCAGCUAACGCCUUUGGACGGCAGACUAAAAAGGCUGGUAGCUCAAGGUCGUCCGACGACAGCAACGAUGAUGAUGAUAAAGAAUCCAAGAGUGAAGAGAGCGACAGUUCGGAUGACACGUUUGUCAAGGACACCUACUAUAGCAGCAGCUCGGUGUGGAGGAGUUACACCACGCGUGGACAGGUUAAAGGCCACAAAGAGGAAACUCAAGACAGUAAAGAUGGGAAUCCGCCGGCGCCCAAAGUUGAAGAUAAAUCUCCUCCUGUGCCAGAGGAGAUGGGAAAAAGCAAAGUGGCUUCCUGGCUGACCAGCCAGGGAUUGAAGAAGGAGCCUGGAGACAACAAAAGCCAAGUGAAGGUCGAGACGGCGAAGAAGCUGGACGUGACCACUCUCUCAGACAGCGACGACGUCCAGACAAUAAGCUCCGGAUCUGAUGACAACAAGGAGAAAGAGAAAAUCGUUCCAGGUGUGGUUAAGAAGCAGGUGGCUGUUAAAUCCACUCGCGGUAUCGCUUUGAAGAGCAGCCACGGCAUGAUGGUAAAGACGGGUGCGCCCGGAGGAGGAGCCUCUCAGGGCGGGCCGGGAGGCAAGUCGGGGCAGCAGGGACAGACGGGGGGCGGCGGGGAGAGCGGACCCAAAAACACGCGACAAUUUUUUGACGGCGAAGAGUCGUGUUACAUCAUUGACGCCAAGCUGGAAGGAAACCUCGGUCGCUACCUCAAUCACAGCUGCAGUCCUAACCUCUUUGUCCAGAACGUCUUUGUAGACACGCACGACUUGAGGUUCCCUUGGGUGGCGUUUUUUGCUAGCAAGCGUAUCCGGGCUGGCACAGAGCUGACGUGGGACUACAACUACGAGGUGGGUAGCGUGGAGGGCAAAGUGCUGCUGUGCUGCUGCGGCUCCACCGAGUGUAGAGGACGACUUCUGUGA